AUGCCAGGCCAGUCGAGCGAGGCCGCCUCGACGCGCGCGCUGUACAACCAGUCGCAGGAGCUAGAGGGGCUGCAGCGUGUGUUUGACGGCAUCGACAAGAAUAACGACAAGAAGGUCGACGUCGACGAGAUGCACGACACCAUCCGGCGGCUCGGCUACAAGUGCAGCAAAAAGGAGGUGGACGAGGAUGCGGAUGGAGCCCUGGAAUGGAGCGAGUUCAAGCUCAUGUACCAGCGGGUACGUGCCGACAAGUCGGGGUGGGAGCCGAGAAAGCUCUUCACGAUGAUUGAGUUUAUGAUGCACGACAAGGAUGGGUCGGGCACCAUUGACGCCGACGAGUGCACGCAGAUUCUGUACCGCCGGUACAGCCCGGCGGAGGUGGAUGCGAAGGUGAAGGAGUUCAUGAGCCACGACACGGACGGGGCUUCGAUGGACGCGGCCGAGAUCAGCUUCUCCGAGUACGUUGCCAUGGAGAAGGCGAGCCUGGAGGAGCUCAUGAAGUGCCACCCGACGUUUCGCUACUCGCGCGGCAUCGUGGAGGACACGAGGGCCGAGAUCCGGCGAGCGAUGAAGGGCACCACCAGGGCACACUAG